AUGGCCGGAAAUGGCGCGCAAGUCAGCGCGCCAUCUCCAACACCAACAACAAGCUCACCACAUUCCAUUGAUGACCACGCGCCUUCCACACCCAGACAUGGCGCACCUACGGCAUCUAUUGAUACCAGCUUCCCGUCAAACACUCCUGUUGAGCAGAGCAUCGCGAUUGAGCCCACAAAGCCUACCGCGCCUGCUCCUCUCGAAGUAGCGCAAACGAUAGCCCUUCCACCAUCCGCAGCAUACCCCACACCUGAGAACGCGGACAGAGGAAACAAGCGACAUGACGUAGAGGUGAAACACGGAAUCGAUAUCAAGUACCCAGUCGCAAUGCAAUCAUACGAUCCCCAGGGUAUGAACUUUGCGGAAUCCCACCUGAAGUCCUGGACAACAGAACAGAUGGCGAAAGAAUACGACAGGCUGGCCGAAACAUAUAUGGCACUCAGACAUGAACACAUCUCUGCCCUUGUCGACCAAGACAGCAACGAGAAGAACGCAUGCCGCCAAGUAAUCGACUCGCGCCAAUCUCUCUUCAACGGAGCGCAAAAGCUACUUUGGAACUCCGAAGCAGCGUUCGAAGCAUCGAAGGCGAUUGCAGGAAGGAUCUGUCAACCAUCCAUUUGGACUCACCCGCAGACACAGAAACAGUACGCAGGGAAAGCACCAGGAUCCUUUACACCACAAGAGGCACAUAAUAUCCUCAAUUUGUACAAGGACGACUGCAUCCAAGACUUGAAAGGCGUCACAAUGGCAGCUACCGGCGCGAACCUCAAAGAGUUUAGUAUUGACGAGACCAUCGUUAUGCACGCAGAUGUACUGGUGGAGAGCAGCAUGGAUCUCAGCAUUAUCGAGGAAGCCCCACUCCGGCGCCAAGUGAGCUUCCCGUCAGCACACAAUGAGCCCUCGCACUGGGACGUUCCCGUAUCAUUUCCAAAGGACGCAUCGAAUGCCAUGGGCGAUGUGUAA